AUGGAGCUUCCACAGCACUAUGUCUGUUCAAAGGAAGAGGUUCUCACUGAGCAGCAGCUUUGUAGCCAGAAGAGGAACUCCAGUCUAGACCAGGAGGAUCAAGGGCCUCCACAAAUUAAAGAGGAACAGGUGGAUCUCUGCACCAGUCAGGAUGGAGAGCAGACUGUACUGAAGCAAGAGAUGAAUAGCUUUAUGGUGACUGUAGCUAAUGAGAAAAGUGACCACAGACAACCAGAACCAAACAGUGACCAGCUCCUCUAUUACAGCUUACCUGUAGCUAAUAGCUCAGAUCCGGCAGGAAGCAAGCAUGUAGACUCAAUAUCAAUUACAAAUGCAGAGCUGAAUCCAAAUCAGAGAUGUCCUGGAAACAGUACCCUUAGCAACAUUGUAAACAAGUCUCCCACGCCACAGAGUCGCUGUGAUUAUUGCACAGGUAAAAACCCUUUGAUGUGUGACAUCUGUGGAAAAACCUUUCACGAUAAUUCCAAACUGAAGAGACAUUACAGAAUACACACAGGUGAGAAGCCCUUUGUCUGUAAGACAUGUGGAGAAAGUUUCAGUCAAAACUCAAGCUUGAAAGGCCACAUGAGAACUCACACUGGUGAGAAGCUGUACCUUUGUAACACCUGUGGUCAGAGACUUCGUGACUCUUCAACAUUUAAAAAGCAUCGAGCAGUCCACACAGGAGAGAAACUGUUUGCUUGCAAGUCUUGUGGCAAAAGUUUCAGUUCUAGCUGUUCCCUGAAAUUCCACAUGCAAAACCACACCGGUGAGAAACCAUACCUUUGUAACACCUGUGGAAAACGUUUUUCCAUCCCAUCACAACUUAACCUUCACAUAAGAACGCAUACAGGUGAGAAGCUUUAUUCUUGUGAAACAUGCGGGAAAAGUUUCAGUCAAAGUCAUAGUUUGACUAUCUAUGUGACAAGUCACACAGGUGAGAAGCCGAACCUUUGUAACACCUGUGGAAAAAGAUUUCUUCUUCCAUCACAACCUAAACGUCUCACGAAAAGUCACACGGUUGACGGCGGCACAGAGGCUAAACCGCUGUUUCUGCCGGAGCUUCACGGUGUGACACCAGGCGGAAAUAAACAAUGA